CAAUUGGUGGCUGACUAAAUACUUUUUUGCCCCACUGUAUAUGAUUUCACCUUCUUUUUUUUUACAUUGUCAUAAAGUACAAGUUUUCACAUCUCAAGAGGUUAAAUAAAACAAAAGGACUAUAGUACCUAAUAAGUGUACCAGUUUGAGCGGAUGGGUCCCUUUUGGGUAGUGUAACUUAGUGAUUUAAAAAAUGUUUUUUUUAACAUUCUGCCAUGUAGAGCACAUGUCCAACUUAAUAAAAACCAUGUUAUCCCAACUCGAGGAAAAAAGACUAAGUUCCAAAUAAAGUAACAGGGUUGACCAUCCCCUUGUGACAUGGGGAAUUGAAGUGUGUUGUGUGCAACAGGGAAUGAUAAUUGAAUGCAAUAUCCACACAUUUUGUUACGUUUUACGCUCGACCCGCUCACCUGCUUUUACACUAGGAUUUGACUAUAGAUGUUCAAUGUUUCUUUUGAAGAAAAAUAUUUCUAAAUCUGUAUUUCUAGUAAAAAAAGGCGUGAAGUUCGUCUACCAGGGUUCUUAAAAUGAGGGACAGACAAAUGAAUCAUUAAUCACAUGAAAUGAAUAAUCUUCAAAAAUGAAUUUGUCAAAACAACAAAAUAACUAGGGCUUUACAAUGAUGGUGAAAACUUGGAGAAAUGUUCAUUAAGUAGGGAAAAAAUCUUCCUAGAUUUUGACCAGUCUUUAUUCAUAUAAAACAUUGGAUUUAUUGAAUUAUCCAUGUGGUCUAUAUUAAAAGGCGCUUCAUUUAAUAUAACAGGCUUCAAUAUUGGUUCACAAUUUCUAUUUAAAAUAUUAAAGGGGUGUAAAAGGGACUCUUUUAGUGAAAUGGCUUACUGAUGUAAUCUGUUCUGCAUUACUGGGGCUGGGCUGUCCUGGAAUACAGGAUGUUCAUUUCCUAAAGAAUUUAUUGUUUAUUGAGUUUUUUUUUUUUGAAGGGGAUCAGUGAUUAACAUCGCUUGAAUACUGUUUGGGAAGCUGCACUUUUUUUCUACAGAAUAUUCUAAGUCUGUUGCCUACGGACCUGAGCCCUAGGACCAUGCCUCAGGACUACCGGGCAUGAUGACUCCUUGCUGUCCCCAGUCCACCUGGCCAUGCUGCUGCUCCAGUUUCAACUGUUUUGUCUGUGAUUAUUAUUAUUUGACCAUGCUGGUCAUUUAUGAACAUUUGAACAUCUUGGCCAUGUUCUGUUAUAAUCUCCACCCGGCACAGCCAGAAGAGGACUGGCCACCCCACAUAGCCUGGUUCCUCUCUAGGUGUCUUCCUACGUUUUGGCCUUUCUAGGGAAUUUUCCUAGCCACUGUGCUUCUACACCUGCAUUGCUUGCUGUUUGGGGUUUUAGGCUGGGUUUCUGUACAGCACUUUGAGCUGAUGUACGAAGGGCUAUACAAAUAAAUUUGAUUUGAUUUAAAGAAAAACUAACAGGUCUGUGAGAGCCGGAAUUCUUACUGGUUGGUAGGUGAUCAAAUACUUAUGUCAUGCAAUAAAUUGCAAAUUAAUUACUUAAUCAUACAAUGUGAUUUUCAGGAUUUUUGUUUUAGAUUCUGUCUCUCACAGUUGAAGUAUACAUGUGAUAAAAAUUACAGACCUCUACAUGUUUUGUAAGUAGGAAAACCUUUCCAAGCCAAACCGCUACACACAGCCUACAUCGUUGUCACCAUAUUAGCUCAUUUAGCGUCAGAGUGAGCAUAGCUAAUAGAACUAAUGCGUUAGUAAACCCGCUACAAUCAUGCAUUAACAUUAGUGUACAGUCAGUAGGCAGUUACAUCAAUAGGCCCGGUGGCAAUAAAUGAGUCAAAUCAAAAGCUUACCUUGACUUGGAAGAGUUCCAAUGUUGUGUUGUGUAGUCAUAGCCAGCUGCUUAACAUAGUAAGUGAAAAAAACUGUUCAACUAUUGGGGGCGGCAGGGUAGCCUAGUGGUUAGAGCGUUGGACUAGUAACUGAAAGGUUGCAAGUUCUAAUCCCCGAGCUGACAAGGUUAACAGGCAGUUAACCCACUGUUCCUAGGCAGUCAUUGAAAAUAAGAAUUUGUUCUUAACUGACUUGCCUAGUUAAAGGUCAAAUAAAAUAAAAUUGUCUUUCUUUCUCUUUGAAAUCAACUACUCAGCACAUUUUAUGCAGUGCUAGCUAGCUGUACCCCAUGCUUUCAGUACAGGAAUUAUCUGAUCAUUUUAUUGGGUGGACAACAUGUCAGUUGAUGCUGCAAGAGCUCUGAUAGGUUGGCGGACAUCCUCCGGAAGUUGUCAUAAUUACUGUGUAAGUCUAUGGAAGGGGGUGAGAACCAUGAGCCUCCUAGGUUUUGUAUUGAAGUCAACGUACCCAGAGGACGGAAGCUAGCUGUCCUCCAGCUACACCAUAGUGCUACCCUACAGAGUGCUGUUGAGGCUACUAUAGACCUUUGCAAAAUUGUGUGUUUUAAUCUAUUAUUUGGUGACGUGAUUAUAUUUAGUAUAGUUUUAUCAAAAAAUUAGAACUUUUUAAAUGUUUAAAAAUGUAUAUUUAUGAAAUUCACUGAGGAGGAUGGUCCUACUCUUCCUCCUAUGAGGAGCCUCCACUGAUAUAAAUGUCGUCAUUGAAUACAGGACCUGUUCUGACAGAAUCAUUGCAUUCCUUUUUUCUUAGGGUAAAAAACAACUGAAAUCAUGGUUCCCCCAAUCAACUCAUCUGACUAUGAUGACUACAAUGAUUCAGUGGUGAUACCAUCUCAGUCCCCAGUCAUCUAUGAGAUGUAUCAGAUGAGGACUGGCUUGAGAUUAAUGUAUGUGUCGGUCUACGCAGCCAACCUUCUACUGGGUCUACUGCUCAACGCUGCCGUCAUCUUCAUGAUUGUCUGGAAAUACAGGUCCAAGAAGAAACUGAGUCGACGGAUGUUGAUCAUUGGCUUGGCUGCCACCCACCUCAUCUUCUGCCUCUUCACUCCACUUUACUUGAUCACAGCCUGGAACUACUUCUCCUGGACAUUUGGGAAGGUUGUCUGCAAGUUGGGGUCCUUCGUGAUGUUUAUGAACAUGUUCUCUGCCUCAGUGAUGAUCACUUUCUGGAAUGUGCGCUGGUGUGUCCCCCGAUGUUUUGAACAUCACAUGUCCAGCAGCAUGGUUCUGCUGUCCUGGUUCAUUGGGGCCAUACUAAGCACCCCCUCUUUACUGUCCAGGGAGGUUCAGUAUACUGCCGAUGGAUACCUCUGCCUUGACAACUAUGAUUAUACUGAACAACGCCAGAUCUCUAAAAAGGGUAAGGAGAGAAUGAUGGCUGUGGUGAGCUGUCGCUUAAUUUUCGGGCUGCUGCUCCCUUUGGGUGUGACGUGUGUCAGCCGUUGCUGCAUUAACAGCAGGGGAAAUAACCAAGUGAAGUCAUUGGUUAUUCGACCUGUGACUAUUGCCCAUUUCCUAUGCUGGGCUCCUGUCCUCUGUCUAUCUAUGCCGCAAAUCACAAUGGGGAUAGACAACAAAUGGUUCAGAUACGUAUUGCCCACAGCCACUGCCCUGUCAGUCUUAAACAGCUGCAUCUAUCCUAUCAUCUGCAUCUGGCAAGGAAAUAAAGAACUUAAGCAUAACUUUCACUCACAGCCUGAGACAGAGGACGAAGGAGAGGAGGGCCAUGAGAUGACUUGCCUGGAUAGGGAGGACAAUGUCCUUGAACAGUAAUGGGAAUACAACAUACUUUUCCAGCUUGAAAUGUACUUGUAAAUGUCAUAUACAAUAUUUUGGUCUAUAAUUUUUAUGAAUUGUAUACUCACAGUAUGCACAGUAUAAUUACACAUUGUUCUAAAUCCCUCUUGAUCAAGGUAACAAAUGUCUUAUUUUUUUAACCUGUAUUUCUUUUCUUUUCAAAUGCUUAUUAAAUAAAGAUUUGAUGAAAUAUAUAACCAUUAA